AUGGCGUCCUACAUGAAGGAGUCUCUGUGCAUCUUUGUCCUCGGCGCGUCCGGCGACCUCGCCAAGAAGAAGACGUACCCUUCGCUUCUCGAGCUCUACCUUCAUGACCACCUCCCCAAGCACACGAUCAUCGUCGGGUAUGCGCGCAGUGAGAAGACGGACGCCGAGUUUCGCGCAUCCAUCGACAACUACCUCAAGACCGACGACAAGAACAAGAAACAGCAGUUCCUCAACAUGUGCGUCUACCGCCACGGCGGGUACGACUCGAUCAAGCAGAUGCGCGCCGUGAGCCAAGAGAUGGUCGUGCUCGAGCAGGAGACGGGACUCUCUGUGCAGAACCGCCUCUUCUACUUCGCGAUCCCGCCCAAUGUCUUCAUCCCGACCGGGCGCACGGUCAAGGAGGCGGCGUAUUCGACACGCGGCUGGAACCGCGUCGUCGUCGAGAAGCCGUUCGGCCACGACCUGCCUUCCUUCAACGAGAUGUCGCUGGGCAUGAACGCCAUUUUCCCAGAAGAAGAGAUCUACCGCAUCGACCACUACCUUGGGAAGGAAAUGGUCCAAAACCUCCUCGUGCUGCGAUUCGCCAAUGUCAACUUUGAGCCCGUCUGGAACAGCCACCACAUCUCCAGCGUCGUGAUCACGUUCAAGGAAGACAUUGGCACCCAGGGCCGUGGUGGGUACUUUGACUCGUACGGCAUCAUCCGCGACGUGAUGCAGAACCACUUGCUGCAACCGCCCGUGCGCUGCGCCGGGGACAACUUUGCCGACCACGUUCGCGACGAAAAGGUCAAGCUCCUUCGCUGCAUCGAGCCAAUCACACUCGACGACACGGUGCUCGGUCAGUACCUUGGGAACGAGACCGAAGAAGGGUACCUCGAGGACAAGACUGUGCCACAAGGCUCGGUCACGCCCACGUUCGCGACCACGGUACUCCGCAUCAAGAACACUCGGUGGGACGGCGUCCCGUUUAUCAUGAAGGCGGGCAAAGCACUGAACGAGCGCAAGGCAGAGGUCCGGAUCCAGUUCAAGCCCGCGCCCGGCGCGUCGCACAUGUUUCCCAACAUUGACAUUCCUCGCAACGAACUCGUCCUGCGCCUGCAGCCCCAGGAGGCCAUGUAUAUGAAGACGAACGUCAAGUCGCCGGGGCUCAACACCGUCGCCGUUUCAAGCGAGCUGGACCUUACGUACCACGAACGGUACGCCGACACGCACAUGCCCGAAGCGUAUACGCGGCUGAUCCUGGACGUGCUUCACGGCAAGCAGGCUGCGUUUGUCCGAGACGACGAGCUCCGCGCUGCGUGGGAGAUUUUCACGCCGCUUCUGCACAAGAUCGAAGAAGAGAAAAUCAAGCCAUUGCCGUACGCCUUUGGGUCGCGCGGGCCUCCAGAGAGCGAUGUGCUCGUCGAGAAGAACGGGUUUGUGUACCACCAGGGCGAGUACACGUGGGCCAAGUCCCGGUCGUCGUCCAACUUGUAGUCGCCGAUCAUUUGUAUAGAAGAAGACCAAAAAUGUAUCAAGUGUGUGGAUUCAUGGUCGA